CUUAUGGUUUUGUCAGCCUUUCCGCUAAAUACGGCAUCAAUAUUAGGUCAUGUGUACCUGACGUUCUCUUGAGCGCAACAUGGGUUGUUACUGACAGCUGGAAGGUAACGUCAUGUGGAACACGUAAGCAGGAAGCUAGAGAUCUAGUAUUGAAGCGAGUGAAUUCUGAUAUAACUCAACUUUGUUAGAGGGCUUUUUUUAAAAAAAAGUUGAUCCACAGUGCAUCAGAGCAAGUUACUACUUUACUUUUGAGUGACUUACAGGUGCUUGCCUGCAUUGCAAUAAAGGACUCAUAUAUUGAGCAAGACUUAUUUAUCUCUUCGUUUUGGAGAGUCUAAUAAACUGUUAUUACAGUUUCUGUACUGACUUUCAAAGUUUUGAAGUCUAAAAAGACAUCUUUAAAAAUAAAAACAUGAGCACGGCCAGAACAGAGAACCCUGUUAUAAUGGGUCUAUCCAGUCAGAAUGGGCAGUUGAGAGGCCCUGUAAAACCCAGUGGGGGCCCAGGAGGUGGAGGCACACAAACUCAGCAACAGAUGAACCAGCUGAAAAAUGCCAACACAAUCAAUAACGGCACUCAACAGCAAGCACAGAGCAUGACCACCGCUAUUAAACCUGGUGAUGACUGGAAGAAGACUUUAAAACUCCCUCCAAAGGAUUUGAGAAUCAAAACUUCGGAUGUGACCUCCACAAAAGGAAACGAGUUUGAAGAUUACUGUUUGAAACGGGAGUUGCUGAUGGGAAUUUUUGAAAUGGGCUGGGAAAAACCAUCUCCUAUUCAGGAGGAGAGCAUCCCCAUUGCUUUAUCUGGUAGGGAUAUCUUGGCUAGAGCGAAAAAUGGAACAGGCAAGAGUGGAGCCUACCUCAUUCCUUUACUUGAACGGCUAGACCUAAAGAAGGACAAUAUACAAGCAAUGGUGAUCGUUCCCACCCGUGAACUAGCCCUGCAGGUCAGUCAAAUCUGUAUCCAAGUCAGCAAACACAUGGGAGGUGCCAAAGUGAUGGCAACAACAGGAGGAACCAAUUUGCGAGAUGACAUAAUGAGGCUUGAUGAUACAGUGCAUGUGGUGAUAGCUACCCCUGGGAGAAUUCUCGAUCUCAUCAAGAAAGGAGUAGCAAAAGUCGAGCAUGUCCAGAUGAUAGUAUUGGAUGAGGCAGAUAAGUUGCUGUCUCAAGAUUUUGUUCAAAUAAUGGAAGACAUUAUUCUCACGCUACCUAAAAACAGACAGAUUUUGCUCUACUCCGCCACUUUCCCUUUGAGUGUACAGAAGUUCAUGAAUUCCCACUUGCAGAAACCCUACGAGAUUAAUCUGAUGGAGGAGCUGACCUUGAAGGGAGUUACCCAGUACUACGCCUAUGUAACCGAGCGUCAGAAAGUACACUGCCUCAAUACGCUGUUCUCCAGGCUCCAGAUUAACCAGUCGAUCAUUUUCUGCAACUCCUCUCAACGGGUUGAAUUGCUAGCCAAAAAGAUCUCCCAGCUGGGCUAUUCCUGCUUCUAUAUCCAUGCUAAAAUGAGGCAGGAGCACCGCAAUCGUGUGUUCCACGAUUUCCGAAAUGGCUUAUGCCGCAAUCUUGUUUGCACUGAUCUGUUUACCCGAGGUAUUGAUAUCCAAGCUGUGAAUGUGGUGAUAAACUUUGAUUUCCCAAAGCUGGCAGAGACUUAUCUCCAUCGUAUUGGCCGAUCAGGUCGCUUUGGUCAUCUUGGCCUGGCCAUCAACUUGAUCACCUACGAUGAUCGAUUCAACCUGAAAAGUAUUGAGGAGCAGUUGGGAACUGAAAUUAAACCCAUACCAAGCAACAUUGACAAGAGCCUGUAUGUGGCAGAAUACCACAGUGAACCUGUAGAAGAUGAGAAGCAGUAAACGUGCUUUGAUUACACAUGCCAGAAGGUGAAGCCCUUUGAUCCAGAUCUGUGACACAUUGUUUCCUUGGGGAUACCCUUCUCUUUGUGGGUUUUUCUUCGUCUUUUCAUUUCGGAACUAUGAAGACUAAAGAGCUCGGCCUUUUUUUUCUUUUUAAAUUUGGCAGUAAGGAAGAAAGAAGAUAAAAAGGAGGAAUGUCUUUUUGUUUUUCCACUUGUUUGCACUGUGUGCUGAUUGAACAUUAGUUGCACUAACUGCUGGUUUUAAAUUUUUUUUUCUUUGGGUGGGAGGGGCAGCAAGGGAAGAAGAGAAACCCUGAAAAGAGAAGAAUCUUGAUGAACACGAGCUUGUCUGCGAUUUCAAAUUCUUCAACCAUCGACUGAGUGCAUUUCAACUUCUCCCUGGUUACUCAUCUGUUUUUAAGCUAAAGAGCUUGUUACUUAUUCGUGCAAAGUGCCUUAUGCUAUGAGACCAUUCAGAAUAUCACCUUUCCGACAGCCCAAGGAAUCGACAGCCGUUUUUGGUUUCAGGUCAAAGUUCCCCUCUCUUCCCCCUCUCCUCCUCCCCGAGUACUCAAGCCCAGGGCUGGGAGGUGAAACGUAUUGGUAAUACUACUUUUUUUCUUCAACUUUUUUUUUUUUUUCGUUUUGUUUUAUUUGGAGGAGUUGAUAUGCAUCUGCAGUUCACCCACACUGUAAAUACCUGUAUUUAAAAUGAAACCAACUUAAAAUCUGGGCUGAUUAGGUGCAGCAUCGUAGCUCCAGAAGGAAAGAGUAGCCUGUCAUUCUUUGCAGGAGCCAUAAGAAAAGCCCUAUGCUCUAGCAGAACACUAAAGACUGGUUUCCAUAAGAGUCUCCAUUAGUAGUUACAGCACUUGAUAUGUAGACUUGUUUCAGAGCCAUGGCCCUCUUUCCUCUGGUGCAGUGUGUCCCAUAGAAAAUCAGAUGUGUAUAUUGUACAAACUUUGUAAAUAUGAUUUUUUUUUUUUUUUUUUUUUUUCUCCUGUUUGGGGUCAUAUAUAGCUUUUUCUUUUGUGAUGAAGGUUGCUGGGGUUAAAGGGAUUAGACUGAUUAUGGGAGCAGCUAAAGAUGAGAGGGGCUCAGUUUCCUGCAACGCUAACCGAGGAGAAGUGCUCUGACCUCCGUGAAGAGCAGGCCUCUACAAGCAGCCCUUGUCGGGGUGGGUUUGCUCUGGCGCUAGCGACACUGUCCUGUACCGCUCGUACGGAAGAGAUCGCUUGUGGGGCCGCAGGGCCUCCGAAUCUGUAGCUCGGCCUGUUGGGAGAUGCUCUUCGAUUUCCCCCUUAGAAACUUCAGGAACUUGACAAGCUCUGAAGGGGGCCGUGACCUGUGUUCCACCGUGGCGUGAGGGAAAUCGAGUGGGUGUCAGUGUUGCUGAGCAGUAUGUGCGUAAGGUGUGGAUUUGGCUUUGAGAGAAACCACGGAAAACCAAUUUACAUGCAUCAACUGACAGUUCUGGAGCUCUGCGGGAUCGAGUUACUUCCUGCAGCAUUGUGCGUUUUCUGCCCAGAGCGGCCUCUAUACAGACUUGGGAGCAGGCAGGGGCAAAGCAAGCUGCAGAAAGCUGCCUGCCGUCUCCUGUUUUGGCAUGAACUGCUGUCUGUCAUUUUGCAUUGUAUAUUGCUGAAAAGCGCUUUCCGGUCAAGUGGUGUUGCUUGAAAUUGUGCCCCUCCCAACAUGCUUGAUGUUUGGCCUGAUCUACAGGCAAAAGGAGUGAGACAAAUCAAAAACCGUACUCUUUUUAAAAAUUCCCUUUUAGCCUGUUCACCAACACUGUCAGGAGGCACCUGGACGAACGCAGUCCCCUUUGCUCCGUCGUUUUAUUGCGUAUACAGAUGCUGCACUCACACCACGCUUGCUUACCUUUGAGGCAGGAAUUAAUUGUCUUAAUUUCUCCCCGUUUGGACCCUUUCUCUUCUUUCAAAUUCGAGUACAAAUGUUUGGAAGUCCAGGGCGGACUUACCCGUCCGUUUCCGUGAGGAUCAUAAGUAGAAGCCAGGUGCCUCCUGACAGCAACUUUACAAGAUGGAAAGGGGUUUGUGUUUGGGAUUUUUUUUUUUUUUUUUUUUUUUUCCUUUUGUCAGCAGUGACUCCGUAAUUGUAGCAAAUGCUGCACUAGAGUACAAACUCAAGAGCUUGGUCACAGACACUCUGUGAGCCACACAGCUUACAUCUGACUGGCAGGUACUAAAUGUAAACAAUUUUGGGGUGCUUCUUGGGGGCGGGGGGUGGGAGUCUGUGGGUGGUAACUUUGACCAAAAGUAAAAUCUUGCUCUUGUACUGCAGCCAGCUUACGAUUUUCCAGAGACAGACGAGGGAUCAUUUUAGUGCAACGAAGACAUGAAAAAUGUAAAUAAAAGUUUUGUAUCUUACCAGGGCAUGCACAUGUAAUGAGAACAGGAUAGCAAUGUCGAGUCAGACGUGUGUGCUCUGCUUGGAUUUGUGGUAGGUUAGCCUUGUGCCAUGCGUUGAUGGUCCCUCCUGAAGCACAGAACUUUUGAAAGUAUUACUUUAAACUUGGCCUCUAGUUGAGGAUUGGCACUUAACCUAAACUAUCGGGGGCACCGUUUGUAGGUGGCUUCUUGUCGAGAAGGAAGCAGCCUAUUUUUGGUGCUAGUAGGCUAUCUCUAACAGAUGCGAUCAUGCAAAUGGAAAGAUGCUCCAAAGGACUAGGAUAAUCCUAGUGUUUUUGUUUGGGGGGGUUGUUUUGUUUUGUUUUGUUUUGUUUGUUUGUUGUUUUUUUUUUGUUUUUUUUUUUUCUUUUUUUAAUUAUUUUGGGGCGGGGGUUUUUUUGUCCUUGUUUUCCCUACCCAGGAGCGAGGAGCAUGUAUAAAUCUCGGCUUCCCGAGAUUCCUUGCAAGCUCCUGCUUUUGCUGGUCACGUACCAGCCCUUGCAUUUCUGCGUCAGCUGGAGCCUUCAGUCAUGAGCCCUAGGUCAAAUACUUCCUCUGAUGACCGAGAAUCUGACAUAUGCUGCACUUUUCCCCUCGGAAGUAUAAAAGUGUCGCUCCGUCAUUCGGAUGAAAUGGAGCUUCACAGCUGGGUGAAGCGGCUGGGAAGGCGGUGACGGGAGUCUUCGGCCAGCUUACUCGGGAGAAACCGUAGGCUGGUCUCUGGGUGGGCGCCGUCGGGGGGUGCGCUACAGUUGCUGGAGGGCUUUUCCCCAAGGGAGGGGGGUGGGCUGGUCUCAAAUAAGAGUUUCAAAUUCCAGAAUGAGAUGGGAGCAUCUUUCCUUUGCCCUCUGUGACGUUCUUUAUGGGUAAGAACAGGGAAGCUCAACAUGAAUUCAUGUUGUGUACACGUUGGUAUCAAAUCAUCUCAUUCUGAUCUUUUGUUCUUUAUUUUUACUUGGGAUGGGGGAGGGUGUCUGCUCCGAGAAUUUAAAAAUGCUUCGCACACUCACGUUUGGUUUUUGUCAGAUGGCUGAUAGGACACAAACCCGAGCAGAUGGCUGUCCUGCCUCGGUUUCUGUUCUAGUGGUUACGGAGAUGCCGUGCCACGUCUCCCGAGCCGCCGUUGCGGUGGUUCUCGUCCCGGGGCUGGACUUGGUCAUGCUGCUGGGGCCGAGCAGCUGUUGCUCUCGGAGGACGAAGUGACUUUCGUUCCCGGGAACUCCAGCGGUACGGCCGCCACCGUGAAGGCUGGGCAACGGUAGUCUCUGCGGGGAGUUUUCCCGUUUGCUGUGAACUGCUGGUCCAUCUUUUGGGAAUCGCAGUUUCGCUUCACAGUAAACCAGGUCUCCGGACCAGAGAGCACGCAUCCGAUCUUCGAAGUGAGGCCUUGGCAGAUUAUCCUAGAGGUUUUGCUCUGUUCACCGUUGCGUUGUUAAAAGGUCCCUGUGUGGAAGCAUUGUUAAAUUCUGCUGUAGACAACUUAGGGACGGGUAAGGAGGGGUGGGGGGAGGGAUGGGUUUAUUAAGAUACGGCCUUGCUGUAUUUUAACCAAUAAUAACGGGGAAGGGGUGUCAGGAGAAGAAAAUAGUCACUGUUCCCUUUAUUGAAAGAAACUGGAACUUUUAUUUCAAGAAAAGAAAUUAUUUGACAUUGGGGUGGAAUAUCAAUCCACCGGUCCCUAGUCAAGACGUUGGUGUUCCUACUGUUAACCAGCAAACAACAUGGACUAGUUCUUGAAAACAUUCAGGGGAGGGAGGGGAAAAUUGGCUUUCUGUUCAAUUGGUAACUGGCAAACUCCAGUGGAGCUCAGAUUUUGUUGAGAAUGUAUUCUUUCUGGCUGUAUGUGCGUUGUGGCGCUGACUUGUGAAGAGCUUCACGAGUGCGCAAAAGAUGAAUGGUAAAACCCUGAUUUUGUUGAUUAAACUCAAUAAAAGCUCCCUGGAACUCCGA